AUGGAUAUUGAUACGCUGUUGAAGAGGCAAAUGGAGCUGCACACCACCCUCCGAAGGGUACCGAAGACACCUGAAAUGAUGUUUGAACUUCAUCAAAGUUUUCAGAAAUAUCAGAAUUUUUUGAAUAGACUCAAACAAUUAGCACGGAAAUUGCUCGUUGAGGCCGAUGCAGUUUUCCAGUGUCUAAUAUAUUUAGGUGGAAAUGGAGCGUCAAACGCUAGCCGUCUGCAACGUGAUGAUGCAAUACGAAUGCGCCAGGCCAAAGUUUUAGCACCUGAGAAGUCCACUAAAAUUGAAUACAAAAUUCGGAAAUCAGUACCUCAUGACGAUCUUAUGAGUUAUGUUGAACUCGCUAAUGCAGUUCGAAAUGUGUACCGCAUGAAGGUCGAGGACGCGAAUGAUCUUCAAAAGGUCGAAAAAUCGAUUACAGAGGCCAUGGAAUACUUGGACUUCAUCUACAACAGUUCGGGUGGGGAGGUACAAACGAUGUUUUCUUUAUUCGUUGCAGAAAGGGCCGACGCACUCGUCUCGAUGCUUCACAGCCAGAGCGAUUCGAAGACAGGGGUGGAGCUCACGGUGUCCUCGAGUGGGGCAUCCAGCAGCGUCUUUCCGAGCUCCGCAUUCUUGCCCAAAGACUCGGGGACGCCGCCGUCGUCGCCCGCCAGUUUCGUGGAGGCUCUGGCGGCGCGAUGUGGUGUCUCCGGGGACGUCGGCCGGGUUGCGGGCGAGCGCCUGCGCUGCGCCAACGCCAUCGUGGACUGGAUCGCCGGCGCCCCGUCCGGUCUCCUCACGGCGCAGCUCCCGCGCCUCCUCGCGGUUCUCACGCCCUGCCUCGACACUUUAAUUGCCGAGAUGCGCUCCUCGCUGUGCCGGCUAGGCUGUGAGGCCGCGAUGGUCUUCGUGCAGCGGAUAAUGGGGAGCCUGGGGCCCGCCCCGGACCUGCCGGCCGCCCUCGGCCCCACCCUCGGCCUCUGGGCCGCCGCCCUCGCGAGGCGGGUUUUUGUCACAGUUGUCGCCAUCUCCACCGCGGCCGACCUCGCGCUGCGGGAGAUGGUCCUCUGCAGUGCGGCGCAUAUAGCCAUCGUGCGCGCCAUCCUCGCCGCGCUGGACAAGGGCGCUCAGGCGGAGCUGCGGCGCAAGUGCCUAGGCUACCUCGUCUUGAGCGUCGUCUCGGCUCAUGAGCCGGCGGCCAUUGGGCGGCUUGGCUGCUUGCUGGCCGAACCCGCACAAAAGUACGUUCUUAUUGGCGAUACAAGGAUCCGAAAAAUGUCUCGGGCACUCUGCAUCGUUCUCAGUGCGAUUUGCCAUGUUGAGCUGAAUAUCGAGGAGAGAACAUUGCGACUCAUGCAUCAGGAGAAGAAGGAGUUACAGCCCUUGCUAAAUUCUCCUAGAGAGCUAGAGAAAACACUGUUUGGACCUCGCAACGAGAUCUUUCCUGCACGUCCUACCGCGUUGUUCGAUCCCGAGGUUGCGCUCAAGCCUUGUUCGAGUCCCCACCAAUUGAGAGUGGAUGCAGGGAGCCUUCACUCUCAGCAUCCAUUGUGUCACCUUGCUUCCUAUGAUAGUCGAGUCCAGGCUUCUUCAAUCAAUCAAAUACGUCUACCGGAUAUUAUAAAGAAAAGAAAAACACAUACGACUGAGGCAAUCAUAACUGAUUCAGCAGAUUCCUUUCCAAACUAUCGUUCAAAACAGUCUAUGGGAAGGCGUGAUACCUAUAAUACUGAUCCAACUUUGCCUGAAACAGAUGAAGAGUCUAGAAGACGCCAAAUUUCAUCAGCUGAGCAAAUGAGAUUUGUGUUGGCGAUGCCUAAACGAAGUGCCACGGCAUUACCGGAACCGAUAGCGAUGAAAAAAACGUUUAGGCAAACAAAAGCGGAUAAUAUACCUAGCCAAAGCGCCACGAGUUUUACCUUACUGGAUCCAAAACUCCUUUCUUUUAAUCACAUCCCGAGUGAACAUACAUCAAUGGACUUCUCAGAUGUACUAAAUAUUAGACAGAGACUAUCAGGCAGUGGUGCUAAAGCCCAUAUGCGCAUUAUUCCACUUUCGUUAUUACAUACUACCGUGUGUGGCGGCGAUGUGGGCUACAAUGUUGAUGGUACAAUAUCCAAGGGUAGUGUCGCUCAUGGUGAUAACACGCAUGGGAAGCAAACUGAACAUCCGGAACCUCACCUGAGCAAUACUCUUAAACAAAAACUAAAGGUACCAAAGCCCCGAGAAAAAAAUCAUGAGGAUUUAAGAUGA